UAGUUGUAGGGGACGCUACUUUAUUGGAAUGACUACCACACGCAUUAACAAUAUUACGUUUGACUUUAACUGCUUGCUUUUAUAUAUUUAAUAUGAUAAACAACGAGGACAUAUCGCAAUUUUUUUCAUGCAUUGUGCAGCUUUGAACUUCAGUUUAGUCUGAUGUAGGAUCAUGAAGCCGAUUGGCCGCCGUUUUUAUUAUUUUAUGACCGAGUGGAAGAGUUAAUGGUUUGGUAACUUUGGUUAUCCAGUUGAAAGCAAGAUGGAUCAAAGGGGUGGAGCAGCUGAUAUGGAGGAGCAAGGAUGGGUCAAAACUAGGAUUCAACAAUGGGAAGACACCAUCCAAAAGACUGACCCAAAUUACGCCGAUGCUACCGACGAGGAACUCACCGAACGGGUCAAACAGCUUCUCGAUCGCCAUGGUUACUCGCGACGUCAUUCCGACUACAGCCUUAUGGGCUUCUCCUACACCCCAAGCUCCACAAGCCCCUCCCCUCCCAGCCAGGGGAAUUCCCCUCGGAGACAUUCAAACAUUGCAGGGUAUGUUCCAAAGAUGCCUAUAUAUGAGGAGGGCAGGAUGCGCUCCAUGGAACUCCCAACACCCCGGGAGGAGGAUGAAUUUGAGGAGGAGGAGGAGUAUUCAGGGGAUGAUGUCAAGCAUGAAGGGGGUAGGAAAGGGGAAGGAUGGAACGAAGAAGAAAAGGAACAAAACUAUGAUCAGUAUAUUAGUUAUGAGAAUGAAUACCCCAUUGACGAUGAUUGGUACAUUAAGACGGAACCAAGGGCACCCCACGAAGGGGUCGAUUUUGAUGAAAAUUCAGAGGAUGCCAUUUCUGAAAGGCUACUUUUUCGCGAGAUGGUUGAUGCCAGCUGCGACACUAAAGAGUUGGAGCAGAGUUACAAGGCGGAUACAGGUAUCGAGCGGGAGCGGGAGGAGCAGAAUCGUAGUCUGGUCUCUCAGAACGUUGAGCUGAGGCGGAAGCUUGAAGAUGAACAUAGCAGCUACAAGAGGAAGCUCCAGGCGUACCAAGAUGGCCAACAGAGACAAGCUCAGCUUGUACAGAAGCUACAGGCAAAGGUCUUGCAAUACAAGCGGAAAUGUGGAGAUCUAGAAGCCUCUCUUCAUGAUAGUCUCAACGAAUCCGAUCGAGAAAAAAUAUCUCUCCAGACCACGACUGAGAGUUUGCAAACUCAGCUAGAGAAUGCCGAGACAAGACUUAAGAUGCGAGAGGAUGAGCACGUCUCAGAACUGGAAGGCACACUCAUCAGGCUGGAGGAGGAACAACAACGCAACCUGCAAUUAGAACUGAAAGAGGAGCUCCAGAGGAGCGCUAGUCUGGCCCAGGUCAAUUCAAUGCUGCGGGAACAGCUGGACCAAGCCACAGAGGCCAACCGGUCACUCAACCAAGAAAUAGAUCAGCUGACCAACGAGGUCAAGAGAUCGCAGGAUGAUCUGGACAACAGAGAGACGGAAUGGAGGGAUGAGGAGAAGUCUUUCAAUGAGUACUUCAACAAUGAGCACAGCCGUCUCCUUGUUCUGUGGCGUCACAUUGUCGCAUUCAGGAGGAACUUUGCUGAGAUGAAAAGCUCCACCGAGAGGGACCUUGCUCAGAUGCGAUCGGAUUUGACCCGGACAUCACGCAACACCCAUUCAGCCUGUCAGAACCUUCAGUCAGCUUCCAAGGGUAGCGAGACCGGUGCAGCAUUGGCCCUGGAAAGGGAAAGGGGUGAGAAGAUGCAGCUAGAAGCUCAGAUGAGGGAGAAACUCAAAGAGAUGGUGGACAUGCAGGCAAAGUUUGAUUCUGAGAAGGGAGAUCUGUCAUCCAGAAUCAAUGAGUUGACCAUUGCUAACGAGCGCUACAAGAUCCAGGUGGCCGAGAAAGAGAACCAGCUGCGGCAGCUCCAGAUGCGUCAAGGCUCCUCCUCCGCGGCCGGUGGCGACCACAUGGAUUCCGUCCACUCGGAGGCCUCUCACGAAUCCUACAUGAUCCCUGGAGCGGACGGUGGCUCCCUGCGUGCGGUCCAGGAGGAGUGUGAGGCCUUGCACACCGCGCUGCGGGACAUUGCCCAGGCUGUCAUACAGGAUGCGGAUGCAUCCGCGGCUGAUAUGACCGAGUUUGCCGGUCAGGAAGGUGACUUCACGAUGGAUGUGAGCCUGGCUUCACCGUAUGCCAAGUCAACUCCACUCAGACCAGUUACCCCGUCCCGGCGAUCUGCGUCGCCCAGCAGAGCCCGCUCUCCAGGAUUCCCGGACUCCACCUACUCCGCCGUCCAGGCCGCUCUGCAGAAACGACAGCUCCAGGUCCAGGAACUGAAAGCCAGGCUCAACUCCACGCGAGACCAGGCUAGCACCCUGAAGAAGAAUCUCGAAGCUAGUGAGAACGAGAAGAGGCAAGCAGAGAGGGCGGUAGACGCGAAUCGAGACAACCUCAGUGUUGCUCAGAGGCAGUUGGAAGAAGUCAAGAGAGACAGGGAUAGGUUGAGGAAUUCACUGGAAGCUACAGGAAGUGAGAAGUCUGGUUUGGAGAACCUCCGUCAAUCUCUGAAUGCUCAGAUUGAAUCCCUGAACGUAGAGAACGAGAGACUCCAGGCCGCUAACUCAGACCUUCAGAGACAGAGGGACCAUCUAGAAGAUGAGAGGGAGGAUAGAGAGAAGGAUAGUAUCAGACAGAAGAAAGAGAUUGAGAGAAGUCAUAAGCUUCUUGAGCAGAUGGAAGGGAAAAAUUCAAAUCUAAAGGAAGAUAUCGUGACCUUGAAAGAAGCUCUUAACAAGGCGGUCCUUGAGAAAGAAGUUCUAGAGCAAGAGAAGGCAGAGAUUAGUGAAAGCCUGUCUCGUCUUGAGGUACAGCGAGCAGAGCUGGAACUGGAGUUGAACCGUCUCAGAACAGAGGAAGCCGGUCUCCGGGAUUCUCUCCUCAAAAUGCAGGCACUCAACGAAGGUCUUGGUCAGGAUAAGGUUGAACUUAACAAAAUCAUUAUGCAGCUUGAGGCAGAGAAGAACCGCCUGAUCGAAGACAAAGACACCAUUAGCCGAGAGAGGGCGGCAAUCCGUGACGAGCUGAUGAGGGUGGAGAGCGAGAAGGUGGAUACGGAGACGGAGAAGAUGGGCCUGAAUCAAAGUCUUAGUCUAAUGGAAGAUAACCGGGUUAGACUAGAGGAAGAGAUGAGUCUCCUGAACAAAGAGAAGGGAGAGCUUGGGGAUAGCCUUUCUCAGCUGAGCAGACAGAAGAACUCUUUUGCAGAGGAGCUUCUGCAGACCAGGAGAGAUGCUGAUAGGCAGAUGGAAGCAGCCACUCGCAUCGCCAAGGAGAAGGAGGAGCUCACGAAGGAGAAGGCGGAGCUGAUCGUUCAGCUCACUGCCUCAGAGAGAGAGAACAGAGCACAAGCAGAGGUGAUAGCUGCGAUGAAUACUGAUAAAGAAAGCCUUGAGAGAACUCUUUAUGAAUACCAGCAGACCACUGCCAAGCUUGAAGCAAAGAGGACACAACUGGAGAGUGAGCUUCAGGAACAGGGUGUCUCAAAAGAAGGAAUAACAGUUGAGCUCGCCAGACAGCGCAAGGAGAUGGAGAUUGAGACAACCCGCUACCAGAAAGAUCUUGAGCUUCUCAAUCAGCGUAUGGUACAGCAGGAGAGGGACACCCAGCUGGCUCUCAAACAGCGUCAACAGGCGCAUGAUGAAGACGUCGAGAGACUCAACAGGGAAAGGGAGAGUCUGAAACUCGCCAUGGAGGCGGAGAAAGAAGACCUUGUGAGGAAGACCAACCAAGAGAGGGAGGAGCUGAAUGGCAGAUAUCUGCAGGAUAAGGAGGAGCUCACGGAGGAGCUGUUGGGGCUCCAGAGGGAGAGAGACGAGAGCUUGCUCCUGGCGGAGAAUGACAAGCAGCAGUCGCUAUCUUUGGCUCAGACGGAGAGGAACCAACUGGUUGAGAAGCUGAACUCGUCUCAGAGAGACCUCGCUAAUGCGUCAAUGGAGAUGGACAGGAUCAAGAGGGAGGCAUUCACAAGAGCUGAGACAGACAAGGAAGCUAUCCGAGAUGUACAGGAUGAGCUCAAAGAAUUACGAGCACGAUUCGAAGAGGGAACGAAUGCUCGAGAACGUCAUGCCAAGGAUCUCAGCAAUCAAAUCAAAGACUUACAAAAGGCCAAGGAAGCUCUGCUGAGAGAGGUCAACGAACUUAAAACACAACUCAAGAUGGCCGAAGAGAGCAGAGAUGGGGUCAGGAGAGAGCUUAUUGAAGCGCAUCGCAAAAUCAGAGAAGGUGAUGAAGGCCGGGAGAUCCAGCGCAAGGAGAACAUGGAGCUGAAGCGACAGAUGAACGACGAGGUCCGCGAGAAGGACGCCAUCAAUCGAACAAAUGAAGAACUGAGACAGAAGGUGAAGAAGGUGGAGACGGAUCGCAUCCAGCUGAACAGGAAUGUGGAGGACAAGACGCAGAAGAUUGCCGUUUUGGAGGAGAGUAAGACUGCUUUGCAGAAGGAAUCUGGUGAUCUUCGAGCCAGUUUGAGGGAAGUUGAGAAGUCACGCCUGGAAGCGAGGCGGGAGCUACAGGAACUGCGAAGACAGGUGAAGACCCUGGACACUGAUAAGGCUAAGCUCACCAAGGACAUUCAUGAUCUCCAAAACCGUGUGGCUAGGGACGACGAGAAAGAAGAUGAAAAUAGGAAGGAAAUCUAUGCCCUCAAACAAAAGGUGAUGGAGACAGAGGCAGAGCGGGAGUCAGCUCGGAAGGAGGCUCAGAACCUCAACCGUCGCUAUGGCGACCUGGAGGAGGAGCUUCGUCUCAAGGAGAAGGAUUACGCCAUGUCCGUAGACGAGGCACGUUCGGCCGAGAGACGUAUCUCAGAAAGGCUACGCACCACAGAGAACUCACUUGACGGGACUAAGGCAGAGCUGGGAGAACUUAAACUAAAGCUGAGCGCUGCAGAGGGAAGGGUCAAUGGUUUGGAAUCCCAGUUGGCCCAAGUGGAAGGAGCCAAGCAAGAAGUGGAGUUCAAACUCGGAAGCCUCCAUUCCACCCUACGGCGAACCCUAGGCAUCGGAGCGGGUGGAAUGGGCAGCUCAAUGAGUCUAAUUAGCAGUACUUCACCAGGAACAAGACAAUCACUCCGAGAUAGGAGUCCUAGUCCGGCACGAGGACGUAGGACCAGGUCUCCUGUCAAAGGUUUUGACAACACCUUUGCCUCAACGGCCGAUGGCUUUGGAACCCCAAUCCCCCGCACAGGUUCCCCCGAGCUCCAGGACCGGUCCGGUAGUCCUCUACCAACCCGUAGCACCUCCCCUACUCGUAUGGAGCAGCUCGUUGCUGAUAUCGACCCUGAGACUGUCAGGAUCGCUCUCAAGGACUUCUCCCAGCAACUCAAGGAUACAGAGAGAGAAAGGGAUGAAGCCUUUGCCCGUAUUCGUCUGCUCACCCAAGAGCUCGCUGAGAAUGAGGCAGCCAGGCAUCGUGUCGACCAACGUCUUCAACAGUUCCAGAAGUCACUGACGGAAGCUGAGGAAGGAAAACGCGGUGCUGAUGGACGUCUUAGUAGUGCACAGACUGCCCUCAUGCUACAAGAAGAGACCAUCCGUCGUAGUGAGAGGGAUCGCAAAGGCAUGCAGGAGAAAAUCAACACCCUUGAGCGUUCCCUGCAAUCAGCCGAGGCCGAGAAGCGUAACUUGAGCGACCGCAUCGCCAAGAUGAACCAGGGCUCCCAAAAGAUGGAGGGGGACAAACGGUCCCUUCGUGAGACCUUGGAAGCCUCCGAGAACCGCUGUACGCAGCUGGAGCUGAAGCGACGGGCCCUUGAAGGUGACCUUCAGAGGUCUCAUCUAUCAAUGAAUGAUAAGGAGACAGAGAGCCAGGUCUUACAGGAUAGGAUCGACGCCUUGAUGAGACAGAUCCAGGACCUGGAGAGCAAGAACACAUCGUUGCAGCUGACCAUCGAUAGACUGUCAAGUUCUUUGGCCAGGUCUGAAGAAGGAGAACAUACUCUAAAGGAUCAGCUCCAAUCACUAUCCCUGUCACUGAACGACACUGCAAUGGAAGCUACUCAGAAACAGGAGCAAUUACAUCAUCUACAGCAAGCCGUGGCAAACAGUGAGAAGGAUAGGAGGGUGCUUCAAGAGAGAUUAGAUGCUGCCAGACAUGCAGCUAGUGAUGCCAAGAAGCAGAACCACCAGUUGAUAGAGAGGGUACAACAGACACAGAACGAUCUAGCCGAGUGUGAAUUGAGGAGGGCGGAGCUUGAGCAACAAGUCAGAUCAUCUCAACAGCUUGUGAAGCAACAUCAAGAAUCGGAGGAAACCACCAUGACUCAGAUCCAGAGACUACAAGCUGAGAAACGCUCUUUGAAGGAACACGUCACCACGCUGCAGAAGGCUUACGGUAAUCUAGAGACGGAGAAGAGAGAGGUCCAACGCAGCGCAGGUCGUCUGGAGAAGGACAAGACUGCUCUCAAGAAGACCCUGGAUAAGGUUGAGCGAGAGAAGAUGCGCCACGAGGAGGCGGUGAUGAGGGCCACAUCAGAGAAAGGAGCUCUUGACCAUUCUCUCACCUCCCUAGACCAGGAGAACGUCGAGCUGCAGAGACAGAUCCAGUCCCUACAGGCUACUCUGGCUGAGACGGAACAGCAACAUGCACAGAGAUUAAUUGAACUAACAACAAGACACAGACAGGAGACAGAGAUCGAGACUGAGAGAUUAAGAACAGCUCAGCUUCAGGCAGAACGGACCCUUGAGGCGAGGGAAAGGGCUCACAGGCAACGGGUCAAAGGACUCGAAGAACAGAAUUCCACCUUGAAAGAUCAGAUGCAACGUGAAGUGAAGAAACGGCAACAGUACAUCUCGAUGAGUUCCAAGACCAAUGACGAGAUCCAGGACCUCAGGAAUAUGCUCAGUGAGUCUCUGCACUCUGUCUCCCGAGACCCGACCCUUGACCCCGUACUCCUGGAGCACGAGACUCGGAAGCUUGAUGAAUCCAUGGGCUACUCGUCCGCCAUGCGAUUGUCAGCCAGAGGGGCGUCGCCCCCUACCAGUCUAUCACCACGCCUAGCCAAGGACCGCACCCGUAGUAUAUCCCCUGUUCGGCUUGGUAAACCAACCAGCACAUCCACACCAGGCAUAGAUUCCAAGCUUAGGAGUAGUGGUAGCAGGACCCAGUCUGCACGAGGCCUCAGUCCGUCUUCGCUUCGCGGCUCGUUACGGAAGUGAUUCGGUUGCGUAGAGUAUCCAUGCAAUAUGUACAGAAUUCACUCUGCAUUCCAUUCUUCAAGUGCCGCCCAACCUUCCAUCUCGUGGGAGACAUCGGGGUUUUAAUCAGUGGCAGAUUUGAGGAGUCACGCCCUUCUGGAUCCAAAACAGAUAGUAGCAUCAUGACUUGUCAUGUGGUAUUUAGAGAAGAUUUUUAAGAAAGUAGAUUAUGUAAUUAAAUUAUUCAUUAUUAUACGAGAUGUAAGAAAUCAUAGUUCCAAAGUGUUUAUAACAUUCCAUAAUUCAUGGCAGGAGUUCUUUGUUUUAGGAUUAAGUCCGUUUGACAGUAAGUAGGUAUAUCAAAGCCAGUUGAGAGAAUAGCUUUCCCUCAAUUGCAUGCAGUCAGUACCUAAGCCUGUUUCAUAAAAUUUGCAAUCAACGAAAGAAUGAAAACAAGAUGCAACAUGCCUGAUCUGUGAUGAGCUGGGCCCUGAAUUACAAAGACAGCGAUUGAUCCGAUUAAUCACAACUAUGGACGGCCAGCAACAUCAACAUCUAUUAUGCAUGUUUGUUCAAAAAUAUUUUCUAACUAUGAUGUAUAUUCAUGCAAUGAUUGUUUUCUGGAAAAUUCACUGUGCUUCUCUUUGUUUAAAAAGGACAUUGUGCAAAUUUACUAUAGAAAAAAUUAUGACACUAAUGGAUUUCCAUAGAGUUACAAUUGAUUGGAUUAAUCGUAAAUCUUUGUAAGACAGGGCCCAGAAGUAGCUGUGAUAAAAAAAAUAAAAAAAUAAGCAACUGGUCUGGGAUUGCAUGGUUAUUUUUUAGAUAAUCAAAUGUGUUGUUGCCACUCAUACAUGUAAGUAUACAUGGAAAGAAGAGAGCUCCACGGUUAGAUCCUGUUUCAUUUCCUAUGCCUCAACCACAUGUUUCUCACUUAAUACCCAUUAUCCUAAUAUUGCCAUUCGGAUGAUCAGAUAGAAAUUACAAUGUAUUCUUUAUGAUCAGGAGCUUGUUGCAGAAACAGUUGCAUUUGAUCAUAUCACAAAAAAAUGAUAAUUUGCUAUUCCCCAACUCUUGCUUCUGAUUGGUCGACAGCCAAGUUGCAAUUGAUUUAUGGAAAUGCGAUUGAUAACAACCCUUUCUGCAAAAGGCCCUUGAUAAGACAGUAUUGCAGUGCAGUGGUGCUGUACAUUGAGGUGUAGAGACAUCGUGCUCCGGCAACUGCCAUUUGCUUGCUUGAACUGCCCCAUGUGAUGAGCCAGAAUUUUUCUAGGACCGAUCGGAUAUGAUGUGCUAAAAAAAUUAGAUUGUUGUAAUUAGACAAGAGAUUAGUGUAAGUUAAGGCAACGUUGAAGUAAUUUGUAUAGUUUUAUGCAUGGCGCACAUAGGGGCAUGGAGUUAUUUUUGUGUGGAUUUUAUCUCAUGCCAAUAAGGCACAUGAACUUAUUAAAAGCAUGAAAUAUCGCCAUAGUAUAGAACCCCCCCCCCCCUCAUUUUUAAGCAAUAAAUAAGCAUACCCUAUGUGUAACCUCAACUUAUCCCCAAAAAGUGUAAUGUGAAUUUUGAGAAAAUAUAAAUAUAUACAGAGAUACCUACUGUUCAGAUGGGGAAGAAAAAUGAACUAGUUUUGCUGGAAAGCCAGAUACAACUCGAAACACUGGUUUAUUUCAAAUGCAGACAAUCAACUAAACUUGACAGUAAGAACACUUUUGAAAAUAAUAUUAAUAACAGUAAUAAUCAUUAUUGAUAACUCUGGUUAUUAAUUCUUUAACUAUUAAGUGCAUGUAUCCAUGCUGCUGAGUGCUCAAGGCAAUAUCAUUGUAAGACAAGGGAGGCUUUUCUGGUCACAUAUCGGCAUUUUUAGCAGAAGUUAAUGUAAUUAUUAUAUCAACCAAAAUGAGAACAUACAAAGUAAUAUUACAAUAAAAUACGAUGUGAAUAAUAUUUGACAAACCAUAUUUAUAUUGAAUGAUGAAAGUAUAGGUAGGUAUAUCCAGUAAACAUAAUUAGGCCUAUAUGGAUGUCUCAACUGAUGAAUAUUCCUGCCAGGUGUUCAUUAUUACAUUGAGUGGAGAAAGAUAAUGAUGAAUAAAAUGCCUUGCCUAAGGAUUCAAGAAAUAUACCACAGUAAUGGCUGUUGGGAUCCCUUUAUGAUUAUGAGUAUUGUGUGAGGUAAUUAUUGGCACGUGCAAGAUAUUCAAUAUACUAGCUGUAUAGGAUUGAUCAAGAAUCAGCAAAGGUUUGGUGUUAAUAAGGAUUAGUUCUGGCAUGACAAAACAGUUUCUUUUGAUGCAGUGUGGUUAUUUAUUUUAGAUAAUGUGAACCGAUAUGCUUCAUGAUGUGGACAUGACAGUGGAUUUUUUGAAAAGUGGUAUUUAUUAGAAUGAGGUAACUUGAAGUUGUUGAGAUUUGAUAACUUUAUUUUGAUUUGCCGGUAAUAGACAUGCAUGUGGUCUCUGUUUACUUUGGAAAUUCAUGAGAGGGUAUUCAAAGAUGAUGUGAUUGGAUGAAACUUUACUUGCAGUUAGAAAUAACAGUUUUUUUUUAUGUAGCUACAGAGAUUUUGUUUAAUGUAUUUUAAAGCUUUAUCAAAGACAGGUUUGAUGUGGAUAUUAGAAAGGUAUUUCCAAUGUUUGCUUGAAUAGUGAGUGGUAAGAAUUGAAUGCAAUAACUUAUUAUAUUCUCUCUUUACACAUUUGCAUUAUAGUGAGUGACAAGAUUUGAAUGCGAUAACUUAUUAUAUUCUCUCUCUUCACACAUUUGCAUUAAAGUGAGUGACAAGAAUUGAAUGCAAUAACUUAUUAUAUUAUCUUCCUUCACACAUUUUGCAUUAAUCAAGAGCAUGGUACAACAGUAGCUCCUAUCUUGGUGGAAAUUUAGUCUGUAUGGGACAUUUUCAUUUAUAUUUAGAUGUUCCCAUAAUGUGCAAAGCAAUCAUAAUGGAAAAUUGGUUGGUCUAUUAAUCGCAUGGUUUGGUAGUAUGGUGAUCCGAUACCUGGCACUUAAAGCAGAUUUCUUUCUCUUCAUCUUUUGUUCUUGGUUUCCUCAACAUAUUUGCAUAACUAGCGCAAAUAAUUGUGAAGGGUUGUGGAUUCUAUAAUGUUGUCUGACAUUACUUUAAAAAACUUAAUGACAUUUUGCUUGCAAUUACUGGGUAUACUUGCAUGGGUAUGAACAGGAGACGUAAACAACAAUUCAGAUUUACGAGAAUAGUUUCAUUGAAUUUGGACCUACAUAGAUUACCUCACACAGUUUUUAGGAGCAGUAGGGCCCUUUGUCAUGAAAAAAACAUGGGAUCGAUGAUAAAUACUACAAUUCUAUCACACAUUUCCUAAUAGCCAAUCAGAUGGCAUGAUUUCAAUAGCUUAUAACAGUAGUUGUUAAUUGGCCAUUGAAAGCAAGGUUUGUGAAACAUGACCGCAUGACCGGGUUGUGAUAAACUUAUCUUUAGUAAACUCCAUCAGUAUUACUGUUACAAGGAUCAUUCCGUGCGGAGUGUGAUUUUGUUUGUUUCGACGAAUUGAUGUGAUUAGCGUGCAGUAGAUGACCCAUCAGCAAUUUCUUUGUGUGUGCAAACGAUUUGUUUUCUGUUUCUUUGUGCUGUUUUAUUUUGUGAAAAUCGUAGUGAAAAGCUGUAGUUUUCUUUGUUCCGUAAAAAGCAUUAGAAUGGUGUUGAUCUCUUGUAGUAUGAUUCUGUUUUAUGUCCGCGACUGGACUUGCAUGGAUUGUCUUACAGAACAUGCAAAAUGUAAGAAAAUAAUAUGUGACUUGUUUGUUAGCAAUUGCUUUGUUCUCAAAUUUCUCAAGCCUGUCAUUGUGAAACUGUCUGCUUGAAUAUAUAGGGUUAUUUUGUAUUUGUUUGUUUUUGAACUCCAAUUUCCCUCACCUCAUCUUAGUGGCCGUAAAUGUGCUAUAGCAAACUUCAUGGUAUUUUACUGUACAACAUGUGAUUGAUGUAAGUGGGCUCAAAAGUUCCUGUUCAUUAGAUAGUGAAAUCAGGAGUUUUUCAUGAAGCAUCUUGCUAAUGAUUUUCACUGACAAAUAUGCUCUGAGCCAAUCAGAUGCAAGGAUUUCAGUAGCUUAUAACAAAAGUCAGUGAAAAACCACUGGCUUUUGGUUUCAUGAAAUGCUCCCAAGCUCCUAGAUAUGAAAGUAGAUAAUUCAUUGACCAUGAGAGGUAUGGACAUUUCAUGGCAAAAGACACAGACAAUCGUUCCAUUCAGCCAUGCCCGUUAUUGGAACUUAACUUUUGUUUUAUUGAUUUGAUACAUAACCUUGAUAUCUAUCCGUCCAAGAAGACCUUUGACAGUUAAUUUUUGUUUUUUGUUAUUUUCUAUCAUGUAAAAAGGAAUUGUUAGUAGGAUAAAGCCAUAGUUGCAGAUAAUUAAAUUCAGAUUUUAGAUUUCAGUUAUCCAAGUGCAAGGAUUCUUUUCCAUAUGGCUCAUUUCUUUUUCUUUUAUUACAAUACAAAGGGAGAACGUUGGAAGGGGCAUCACUAAUUUCCAAUUAAAGGGUUAUGGCGAUCAGUCAAUAGGGCCUCUGAAGCAGUGGCCUUAGAUGUAUCUUAUCCCUGCAUCUUUGACCUGUAAGAGUUGUCCCGUUACACACCACUUGAUAUCGUUAUGCCGUUUGAUAUGGAACUUAAGCCAUUUCCUACUGGAAUCGGGUGAUCCCUGUGUAAAGUCAAUGGGAAUCACUGAAUUCACUAGUCAAGUGGUUUAAUAGUGUAAAACCAACGGUUUUGUAUUAUUAAGUGCACAGAAAUGACAGGAUGACACAGUAUGAGAAGACACAGAAAUGAACCCUGAAGAAAAAAUCCAAUAUUUAAUUUGGUUGAGACAAGAAAACGUCUGGUAUCUUGUCUUUCUGUCUUUUUGUUCAUUUGUAUGAGACCGAAAGCCUUGUCUUAUAGAUUUACUUUGGUUGUGUUUACAUCCUGAAAUUAUUUCUUCUUGUUGGACUUAUGAAUCUUCUCCAUACUGUUCCGUUAAAAAGGGUUUAAUCAUCCCUGUUGUAAAGUAGAAUAACCCACCUUUUGCUGGUAGUGAGUUGAAGAAAAUGGGUCAAACCAUUACAAAAUAGGUGUGAAAGUGCCCUUACAUUAUGUCCCUCAAAAAUAGGAAAUGAAGUGUCAUUGCAGUAACCAGGGGAGCCUUUCAUAGUAUAUUGUCAGUGAUUUUCAUCAACAAUAUUGUUUUCAGCCAAUCAGAUCCAAGUAUUUCAGUAGCUUAUAACAAUUUUUAGAGAAAAUCACUGUCAAGUGACUUCAUGAAAUGCUUCCCUGAAGUAGAAAUUAUGUAAAGUGAUCUUAUGCAGGGUGAUUUCCAAUGCUUAUGCCCUUAGUGAAUUUUGUAAUAUGUAGUUUGUUUUAUAAUAUUAUGCAAAUCUAUCUUUUUAUUGUAUAAAUAUGAGAACAAAUUUGCUUUUUUCAUACAAUCAGGAUUUUAAAAAAUUCUUAUGCAAUCUUUCAAUUGUGAUUCUGCUAUUUUUGUGAAGAUUUAUUCUGUAUAUAGAGAAGAAAAUCAAUCAGAUUCUUUUGUUUUUUAAUUGAAGAUAAUCAUUAUUCUGUGUGCUGUGUUUUAGAAAAUAUAUUCUCUGUACAGUAUAAUAUAGUAGGAAUAAGUGUGUGGUGCCUUGAUAGAUAAAUAGGUUUGCCAAACUGUUGGAAUCAACGUUUAAUACUGGACUAAUCGAUAGAGAAAAAGGGACUCCCUGAAUAUGAUGUGUAUUUAAAAGUGCUUUGUUGUGUAAUGGUGUAUGGAAAGAAAUCUUUGCUGCACAUUCUUUUUCUCUUAUUGAUGUGAUGUAAUGAAUGAAAUAAACUAUAACAAAACAUCCAA